GAUGGUUUUGUCAAAACUGGCAUUUAUUUUUGGUUUUCAGCUAAACUAGAAGCUGUUGGCUUGCUUAAUGACCAGGACAUUUAUUUAACGACCACAGCAGCUGCUUUACAAUUGUUGCAUUCACGUAAUGACCACUGCAAUGAAGAUUGUAAAAGCAGGGCACUGAAACUCCAGAGAGUAACUACGGGGACCGUGAAAGUGGCUUCAGCGAAUCAGAUCUCUUUCCAGAUGAAGACACCAUGACCCUGGCCCAGCAGGAAGUCCACCAUGAGUCUGAUAUGGACAGUGCCAUUGAAAGCAACCACAGUUCAGAAGCGUCUGUUGUGUGCAAGGUUGAGAAGGAUGAUGUGUUGAAUGGCCUCUUCCUGCCUGGAAAUAAAUCAAAUCUGCUGAAUCCUGCAUCUUCUGAUCUUUCCACCUAUUCCACUGCAUCUCUGAUCAGUAAUGAAGAACAGUUUGAAGACUAUGGAGAAGGAGAUGAUGUAGACUUCACUCCCAGCAGUCCUUGUCUUGAUGAUGAAAGCAGGACACAUGCGUAUUCUGACCUUGGCUCAUCUGUUUCUUCCAGUGCUGGUCAGACCCCACGGAAAAUGAGGCAUAUCUAUAACAGUGAGCUCUUAGAUGUCUACUGCACCCAGUGCUGCAAGAAAAUCAACCUCCUUAAUGAUCUGGAAGCCAGACUGAAAAACCUAAAAGCCAACAGCCCAAACAGAAAGAUCUCUAGUACAGCUUUUGGCAGGCAGCUUUUCCACAACAGCAACUUCAGCAGUAGUAAUGGCAGCACAGAGGACUUAUUCAGAGACAGCAUAGAUUCGUGUGACAAUGAUAUCACCGAAAAGGUGACUUACUUAGAAAAAAAAGUGUCAGAGCUGGAAAAUGAUACCGUAACAAAUGGGGACCUGAAGAGCAAAUUGAAGCAGGAGAAUACACAGCUAGUUCACAGAGUGCAUGAGUUAGAAGAACUGCUGAAAGACCAGGAGACUUCAGCUCAGCAGACCCUGGAAGAAGAGAUCAAGAGGCACAGAGAAGCCUACAGCAAAUAUGAGAAGGAGAAGAGCACGGAGAUUGAGCUGCUAAACACACGGGUUCAGCAACUGGAAGAGGAAAACUGUGAGCUCAAAACCACUGUCCUACGACUGAAAUCACAAACAGAGAAACUGGAUGAGGAGAGGCAGCGAAUGUCUGACCGAUUAGAAGAUACCAGUCUGAGGCUGAAGGAUGAAAUGGAUCUGUAUAAAAGGAUGAUGGACAAACUGAGGCAGAACAGACUGGAAUUUAACAAGGAGAGAGAAGCCACUCAGGAGCUCAUUGAGGAUCUGAGAAAGGAGCUGGAACACCUUCAGUUGUAUAAGCUUGACUGUGAGCGUCCCGGUCGAGGAAGAAGUUCUUCCAGCUUGAGUGAAUUCAACGCCAAGACAAGAGAAGUGGAAAUGGAACAUGAAAUUAAACGUCUAAAACAGGAGAAUCAAAAACUUCAUGACCAGAACGAUGACCUCAAUGGGCAAAUCCUUAGCCUCAGCCUUUAUGAAGCUAAGAACCUUUUCGCAACGCAGACAAAAGCCCAGUCGCUGGCAGCGGAGAUUGACUCUGCCUCCAGGGAUGAGCUCAUGGAAGCCCUCAAAGAACAGGAGGAGAUCAACUACAGAUUGCGCCAAUAUAUGGACAAGAUCAUCCUGGCCAUCUUAGACCACAAUCCGUCCAUCCUGGAAAUAAAAAAUUGAAGAUUAUGGGUGGGAAGGGAGGUGGGCAGAUAGGAUGCCUUUAGAUUCAAGUAUCUCUAUUUGCUACUGUAUAUGAACUUAUAAAUAUAUACAUAUAUAUAACUCUCUCAAUACACAUAACAUACAAAACACAAACACACACACGCGUAUAUAUAUAUAUUAUAUAUAUAUAAAUAGAAAAAAAAACUUGUGUGGAUAUACACAGGGCGUGUUUAUAUGAGCUUAGUAUAUUUUGUGACUCAUAAUUUGCAUCGAUCCAUUUUCCACGCCCUCUCUCUGUGGUGAGGCUAGGGAUUAUAACUGAAAAAUCACAAAACUGGAUUUUGCACUGUUUUAGAUACCAGACAGAAAAAAAAAAUUGAUACUACCUCUAGAUGAAAAGAUAAAACACGAUGGAAACUAACUUGUGCCAGGCCUUUUCCUAGCCUACAAACAAUACUGAGUGUUUAUGUCUUAUGAAUCGCCUCCCUCUCAUCAUCUCAGAAAUAUCUUGUAUUAUCAGGUUGAAUUCUCACUGAUGCUGUUGGCUGUGUUGUUUUAACUUUGUCCAAGUUAUGUUUCUGAAGUCCUCUCCUUAGAUCUGAAUGUAUGCAUGCUGCAAAAGUGGGUCUUCCGGAAAAUUUACAAGUUUCUGCUUGAACUUGGGCUGUUUUAAUCAAAAAGCAGUUUCUACAUCUCGACCCCAAUUGGCUUUGAAUCCUUUGGGAUGGUGAACAGUUUGUUGUAUUCCGGGGGAAUCUGGAAUACUCAGGAAAACAAUGGGUCUUGGGGUUCCAUAUUUUCUUCAACUUAUCAGACUAUUCCCGAGGUGCUUUUUCUGGCUUUGGGUUUUAUCACAACAUCACCAAGGACCCUGGUGGUGGGAGACCUGGGUUCAUAAAUGCGGGGUGCAUCGGGGCUACAAAACAGUCCCAGCCCUGAUUCAGCUUCAGCAACAAGCAUUAAAAAGUGGUAGUUGCAGAGAGCUAUUUGGUUCCACACAAAGGGUUGGUUCAUUGGUGAGAACUCGGGGCUGCCACCGUAAGAAAUAGAAACCAAUUGUUUUUAAAUCACUUCAUUUUAUAUUGCUUUGUGUCAGCAUCUGCAAAAGCACCCUCUGCUAAUAAAGCAGUUAAGAAGUGGAGAAUGAUUGGGGGUUUUAGGCACUCAUGGGUGACACUGACCCUGUUUUUACAGACAAGGCAACAUUUUAAAUUGUUUUUUUACAGGUUUAGGAAAAAGAUGUUUAUACAUGCUUAAUAUUUAUUUCAUGCAAUUUUGGAGUUUCACUUAAACGUUUUGCCUACUUUACUGGGGGUGAUUAGCGCAGAAAAGCCAGAAACGACUGUUAAUCGAGCAUCACAGCUUCCUGCAUUUACAGGAAAAAAAUAUUACGCUCAAUUUGUGCCAUCAAUAAAUAUUCUCAUAUUGAUUCAGGCUGUUCAUGUCUCUUGCCCUUGCCAUCACCACCACCACCACCUUUUUCUCCUCCUCCUCCUCCUCCUCCUCCUCCUCCUCCUCCUCCCUUUUUCUUUUCAAUUGUGCUUCUGUAACAGCAUUCCUCAUGGCGUUUUAUAUAUCACUUACCCAGGCAUGCUAUAAGGAAAUCUGUAAAGUUAAGCGAGGGCUUGGGCAGGGGACCAUGAUGGAAAUGAGUUUUGUCUUUUCACUUCAAGAUUUUUCCAUUCCUGUCUGAGAUGUGCUUUGAUUUUUUUAAAAAACCCAACAAGCCAAGUUUUAUGUGCAUUGCAGUAACAAUUCUGGUGCAUGAACACAUGCAGUCACAUGCAUGUGAGAGAAGAGGCGUGUGCUAUUCUGUAAUGACUUGUGUGCAGGCCUCAUGGUCUUCCCACACCAAAGAUAGGCGCAAGAUAUCUCCCUGGAUAUCUGCAUUACAGAUAUCCAUAAGCCUUGUUCAGUACAGUUGGUGUCCAAGUAUGAUAUGAUCUGUAGUCUAAAAAUAUCUAGGAAGCCCCAAGAUUGCCUUUCCCAUCACACAUGAAAGGGAACUGCAUGCUCUGUGUAAUGGAUAGAAAAAACGUGGUUCAUAUGUAUUGUUUUCUUUCAUAAGCACAUUUCCACUUUCAAAUGAAACUGUCUUUUUUUUCCCUCACAGUGUCCUGAGUAAAGUUUGCGUAAUUAAUUUGAGAGUCUUAAAAGAAUAAAAAUAUUGAAUCAGAGGUUACUGUACUAUCAGUACUGAAAGUAUUGAUGCUUCUAAGCAUUGAAACCUGUUUCCAAAUUACGUGGCAGGAUGGUAUAUAAAUUAUGACAUUAUGUUGUACUUAAGAUAUUUCACAUUCAAUCAAGUGUUUCUGCAGAAGUAUGAAUCUCGGGGGGGGGGGCAGGGAUGACGACUGCAUGUGGGGUCAUAGCCUUGUGUUUAUUGGCUGUAUUUUCUAAUUAGUAGCAAGAGAGCUAAUAAUUAAUGCAAGGUGAUACUGGCCAGAGCCAGCCAUUACUUUUUACUCAACAUCUAAACUUCUAAUACCUCGUUGGCUUUCGAUCUUCGGAAUUUGGUGGGAAUGAAACUGACUCCAAUUGCAUCACUACCUUCUUUUUAGGUAGUCCAGUCAUGAUUGAAUAAAGGAGAAUCCUGAAUUCUUUUCUCAGUCAGGAUUUUCCAAUGCCUCACGUAGGCUGGAAGGAAUCCCGCUCCUGAAGGAACCACAUUCCCCCACUUUUCUACAUUAUCCACUUUCUGCAAAUUAGAGCAAUGCUUCCUUUCUCUACUUGGGAAGGGAGGUGAUGUAGCAAUCAUGGACCUCUGGAGAAUUUAUAUUUUUACAGGUUGCCUUUCAAAAGACUGAGGUUAAGGCUACUUAACUCCAGCUUGUUUUUGGUUUAUCCUGCUGAUAUUUUAAUGGUGGUGAGGAAUUGAUGACUUCAUCAGUUGAAUUGAUAGGGAAGGAAGCAAAAUGUAUCUGAAAGUUCUUGAAAGCUGAAAGAAUUGGGCAUGUUGACUUUGGAGAAGAUUGAGGGGUGAAGUUCUGAGAGAGAGAGAAAUCUCCACGAGUGAGGAGGCGAAGAGGUGAAUGGAUGGAAACUGAAGGAAGGGUUUUAUAUGAAACAGGAGUAAUCCUGACUGAGGAGAACGAAGUGGUUUCCAAGAGGUGGCAGAAAGGCAGUCUUGCUUGCAGAUGAUUACAUUGGUUUGGAUUAGCAAGUAUUGAGGGAGAGAAACCUUCCCAAUGUGGUGCCUCUUAGGUCGAUGGUGCAUCUCACGGUAAACUAGCAUUUAGUUUAUCAGAUUAGAUAAUCUGAAUCCCUUAUAAAUUGGGACUGUAUUAAAUCAAUCCUUUGCUACCAAACCUCAAUCCACACAGUAUUCAUGGUGGGUUUUAAAUGAGUCUUUGCGUCCAUCAGCUUUCUUCUUUGCUCAUAGAUGAUCCAUAGAAAUUGUGAAGCAAUGUUUUGAUGAUGUUUCUAGGAGCCAACAAUUUCUUUAGACAGUUGUCUGCGUUUGUAUUAUAUGACUGCCUUUGCUUUAUCACAACAGGUUGGGAGAAAUAAGUGCAGAUACCUGAGGCCUGCUUGAUCAUCAUAGCUUGUUUAGAAUUCAUGUACCUGGGACAUAAGUUUCUACCAAUGCUAACGUUUUCCAGCAUGACUUCAGAUCAGAAGUUGUUGAAAAGCCAGUCAGCUCUUCUGAUGAACAUGUUUGGCCACCAGUACAAUAUUGUGUUAUAAUGCAGUGAUAAGGCCAAAAAGGAGGGACCAUAGUACAUUAACAGAGGGCAACUGUUUACUUAUGAUUGAAUAUGAUGGGAUCUUUCUAAACAGGUUCGUUUAUAUGCCUCUGAACCAAGGCUGCAGGAGUUGGGUGUCUUUAGUAGUGGAAAGUUGAAGCAGGGUGGAUUGCUGGAUUAUAUUGAAACUAUAACUGAUAGGCCUCUAGCUGAAAGUAAAUCACUAUUUCUGAAUGGGUAUCGAUACAUUUGUGCUAUGCAAAAAAAAGACUACCAUGCAGGACACGAAAAAGAGUUGCUAGUUAAAAUUGGGUUUAAUCUGUAGGCACAAAUCUUGUUUGCUAGGAAAAGUGUCCUAAUUUUAAAGUUUACAGAUGUUCUGAGUGAAUUUCAGGCUCUUCAUCACUGGAAGUGCUUUUUUAAAGACUUAAGCUGCUAAGAACUUUGGAAGUCCACAUAUUUUAGAGGUUACCCCAUUAGGGACAAGAUCAAUGUUAUGCUUCAAACAUCAGUUCUUAUUCUACACUCAAAAGAUAACAAGGUUUUAUUUGCAGUGGUCCUUAAGUAAAUUUCUGUUGCUGUCUGUUGGGCAGAAUAAUUUUUCAGCUCUUGUAGAUCUCACCAGUGCAAGGUGCAUGUUGUAACGAGGUCAACCUAAUCCAUGUGCAAACCUGACUAUGAGAGGCUGCUAAAUAGAUAGGAGUCACUUUUAGCCAAUGGGAUUUACUAAUGGGCAUCUACCAAUAGUUUCAUUUUCUCAACAUAAUUUCUCAUCACACUGUCAGGACACUUUUAUUCUUGGUUAGGAUAAAGUACAUUAGUGUAUGCUUGUCUAUUGAGCCAGGAUUUCUUUUGUAUUUGUACAAUGGGGCAAGGCACUGACGUAACAGUCCAUGGUUGGAAACAAAUAGUUUGCUUUAAUCUGAUCCAACAGCUUUAAUAGAACUUCAAAAUUCUGAUAAUGUUGAUGAACAGCUGGUUGAAACUGAGACACUUUGUUCUUAGUCUCCCUUAUUGGAUCUCUUCCCUACUUCUAGUUGUUGGAGUGCCUUCAAUCCAGUUUGUAUUCUGUGAAAGCAAAAAAGAACUGCUUCUCUAAAGGCAACAAGUGUUCACUGGACAACAAGUCAUCCCUGAGGUUAAAAACAGUAACUUUCAAAACUUUUAGUAGAAUUUAAGACAUCCUGACCACCAUGGAUGUUACACUAAAGUUGUAGAUUUGAUUUUUUCCCCCAUUGAAAUCAUGAAUACAGUUGCAUAUUACAUUGAACAGAAUACAUUUACACUGCUCUACUUUGAAUUCUACAAUGUUGGGAGAUUUAGUCACUUUUCCUGUAUCCAUUAUUUAAAAUUGUGAAUUUUAGGAAAAGCAUCAUUCAUCUUGGCAAAUGAACAGAUGAACUAGAAAUUUCCUAUUCAGUAGUCUAUAUAGUAGGGCACAUAUAGUAGUGAAAACUAAAAUGUUAUCAAAAUAGGUUUAAUUUUUUAGAAUUGAUCAGACAAUCUGAAUUCUACAACUCAGAUUCUGAAUUUUAGCUUUCAAAUAAUGAUAGAAGCCUGGACAACUAUUAUCUGGUGCUUGGGUUUUCGGUUAUGGGAUAUGAAGAGAAAGAAAACAAAGGCUAAAACAAAGUCAUAGGUUAUAAAUCUGAGCUGCUUCUGGUCUUUUGGCUUAAAUAGCAUUGGUGGCCCUUCUUCCUUUAG